AACUACCGGGCUUCCUCGAUUUAUUAGUUGGAAAAGCAGUAUACAAUUCUGUUCUGUCACAAAUGUGCCCACGUCUACCGGUCCUACGGUGUAUACCUGGCAGUUCGGAUGACAACCAUCAGGCUUAUCUACCUGACGAAAUAAUCACCCGCAUUGUUUCCAGCGUUUCUCCAACUGAGCUGGUCGCGCUUGGCUGGAUCGGCAUCAAUAGUGGUUUCGAUCGAAUUGUCACGGACCACCUGAAAAGUUGUACAUCAAUAAAAAUAUGCGAGGACUUCAUUUGGCGACUUCUACAACCUCAUCUUCUCGUUGGAAAGCAGUUAUGUCGUCCUUAUCGGAAUUUGGUACGGUUGAUACUUGCACGCUACUUUUGCUACAUACGAGAUCUCGAAAUCCCUGUGGCACUUUUCACGCAAAUGCACCUUAUCCUGGAAGAGAUGCCCGAAACCCACUCGCAAAUAGCCAUGCCAGCGUUAGAGAGGAUAUCAGUGCAAAUCGGGGAGGAAUGGGGACAACUGAAUACCGCGCACAUAUUUGAUGAUAUGAAAGUCUGCAAGUUGCUUUGUUCUCGCCUGCAAGAAGUCAACCUUGACUUAAAGUUGUCUGAUUCCGACGCUGUCACAUCCUGCGGUUUUCGAUCUCUGGUCCGAUACUUGUUGGAGGUUUCAGACGACGAAACUGUAUGGAACGUGACUCUGGAAGAUUAUACUAGUAGCGGACAAGGGUAUCAUGGUCCCGCGGACUACGGUCGAAGUCGUGACAAGGUUUUCAUAUCUUACGUGCGGACGUUAAUAGAUCUCGGUGUUACCAUCAACCGACUUACCCUUCUCGAUAAGCGAAAGGUAUCCCCUUAUAUGAUGGUGAUGUGCCAAAGCAAGCGCCGGUCCAUCUACAUGUAUCCUGAGUUUAAGCGCUGUCGGGAACUGUUUGUGUGCUACGAUAUAGGAUUGAUCGCUCCUAUUUUCGCUCACGAGAACGACAGAUUCACAUUGCUGCGCGUGUUUGAGGUGGAUGAAUCACAUGUGCUGUACAAGAGGGAUCUGCUCGAAUUUCUGAGCAAUGCUCCCAAUCUGUGUGAGAUGCGCGUCGUAGUGCCUGCAACUUGGUCUCGCCGAGUGAGCACCUGCACCAAAGGGUGCUUCACGAACCCGGACUUCGCCUGCUUCAGACCCGAUGGAUGGUGCGCUGUGCCAACAAAAUUGCCCUCUACCAAAUUUGCUUUGAUCGGCUCGAAUUUCGUACUUCCUUCUAUCGUUGAUGAGCGCCAGAUGAGCGCAAGAAUGAUAACAGUCUAACAUAAGUGUUGUUGUUUAUAUCUUGUACAAAACGCAAACGUUUGUCUAACGGUUGCGAAAAGGUCCUCAUUUAGUACCAGCUCACACUUUGCCACUGCCUUGCGGAAUCAGUUGUCUAAUGUAUUUUAUGUUCCUAUGUUAAAAUAAUAAGCUUUAUCCUUUGAUUGUACAAUGUAUCAUUGCCGCAUUACACAUCGUUACGUUUAUUGUGUUUCGGAGUUUUGCUCGAAUAUAAGGACUUAACGAUUCAAAAUUCUGUCUCGUCUUCCAUAAGUUUCCAGUGGAUCAUGAUGUACAUACAAUUUUGCUGUUUCAUUGUUCUGAAUAAAUAUCACGAGAC